AUGCGCAUGCGCAUCUGCCGGAACCACAAGCCCAAACCAAACCGCGCCUCCAGCUCUUCUUCUGUGAAUGCUUUCCGGCAGGCUACGAGACGGUUUCAUGUUCCAGAGCAGCCACACCUCCUGUUGAACCCACAUAACCUGUUUUCAGAUGAGAAGGCGGCUCAGGACUUCCACUUGAGAAACCGAUUCCUCCUGAACAUGAGCCGUCCCCGUGCAGACUCCCAGGACUCCCAGGGCUCCCGGGGGCCUGACGAUGAGGUCAUGCCAUACAGCGACGACGAGACGGACGAUGAGGUGGAACCCGGGUCAGACGAGGCACUACAGGAGCCUCCAGAAGCAGAGCAGUCACCUGUGGAGGCCAGGCCCAGUGAGAUGGGCUGGAAAGUGAAGGCCAAUGACAGAGCGUAUCACCAGCUCCCUGAGUUUGAGAAGAAAGUUUUUCUCUGCAUCAAGAAGAGCAGAUACUCUGGUAAUGCAAUUAAAACAUACAAGUACAACGUGCUGACGUUUCUACCUCUGAACCUGGCCGAGCAGUUCAGAAGAUCUGCCAACCUCUACUUCCUGGCUCUGCUCAUUCUACAGAUCAUUCCAGACAUAACCACAUUGCCUUGGUACACCACUCUUAUCCCUCUGGUGGUCGUGCUGAGCGUUACCGCAAUCAAAGACUUGAUGGAUGACCUGGCCAGACACAAGAUGGACAAAGAGAUCAACAACAGGAAGACGGAUGUACUGCUCGACGGCAGAUUUCAGACAUCAAAGUGGAGGGACGUGCAAGUAGGAGAUGUGGUUCGACUCAAAAAAAAUGACUUUAUCCCAGCCGACAUCAUGCUGCUGUCGUCCUCCAAUCCAAACAGUCUUUGUUAUGUGGAAACAGCAGAACUGGACGGGGAGACCAACCUGAAGUUUAAGAUGGGUCUGAGAGUGACAGAUGAGCAGCUGCAGGAGGAGCGGCAGCUGGCAGACUUUGAUGGGUUCAUCGAGUGUGAGGAGCCCAACAAUCGUCUGGAUAAAUUCAUGGGAGCAAUGCUGUGGAAAAGGGAGCGUUAUCCCGUGGAUCUGGACAACAUGCUACUGAGAGGCUGCACAGUCCGCAACACUGACGUUUGCCACGGACUGGUCAUCUAUGCAGGAGCCGACACCAAGAUCAUGCGUAAUGGAGGAAAGAGCAGGUUCAAGCGCACCAGGAUCGACGAGCUCAUGAACUACAUGGUGUACACGAUCUUUGCGCUGCUUAUCCUUGUGGCGGCUGGGCUAGCUAUCGGUCACAGCUUCUGGUAUGAAGAGAUUGGCAGCAAAGCUUGGUACCUGUUCGAUGGGAAGGGAUACACCUCGUCCCACCGGGGCUUCCUCAGCUUCUGGGGCUACAUCAUUGUACUCAACACCAUGGUGCCCAUCUCCCUCUAUGUCAGUGUGGAGGUGAUUCGUUUGGGCCAAAGCAAAUUUAUCAACUGGGAUCUACAGAUGUACUUUGCUGAGAAGGACACGCCUGCAAAGGCUCGCACCACCACUCUGAAUGAACAGCUGGGCCAGGUAGAGUACAUCUUCUCGGACAAAACGGGUACUCUAACGCAGAACAUCAUGGCCUUCAAGAAGUGCACGAUCGCAGGGCGCAGUUACGGUGACCCAACAACUGCUGAAGGAGUGUCUUUAGAUCGUGGAAAGCAAGUGGACUGGAGUUGGAAUCGUCACGCAGACAAAAAGUUUGAGUUCAUGGACCACUCACUCGUGGCAGCUGUGCGAUCUGGGAAAGACAAGGAGGCCAUGGAGUUCUUCAAGCUGCUGUCACUUUGCCACACAGUCAUGGUGGACGAGGACAUGGUGUACCAGGCUGCUUCCCCAGACGAGGGCGCUCUGGUGACUGCUGCCCGCAACUUUGGUUAUGUGUUCCUUGCCAGAACUCAGGACUCCAUCACCAUCCAAGAGGGCGAUCGCGAGAGCACGUAUGAGAUGUUAGCCCUGCUGGACUUCAACUCGGACCGCAAACGCAUGUCCAUUAUCUUGCGCUUCCCUGAUGGCCGAAUUCGUUUGUACUGUAAAGGAGCAGACACUGUGGUAUAUGAGCGCCUAUCUCCAGAGAGCAGGUACAAGGACAGCACACAGACCGCCCUGGACAUAUUUGCUAAUGAGACCCUCCGCACACUCUGUCUGUGCUACAAAGAUAUCAGUAAUCAGGAGUACGACUCAUGGGCACGCAGGCACAAGGAGGCUCAGCUGGUGUUAGCUGACCGAGAGACAGCAGUGGACCGCGUCUAUGAGGAGAUCGAGAACGGCCUCAUGUUAAUUGGGGCCACAGCGAUUGAGGACAAACUUCAGGAUGGAGUCCCAGAGACCAUUGCUAAACUGGCCAAAGCUGACAUCAGGAUCUGGGUCCUCACUGGAGACAAGAAAGAAACGGCUGAAAAUAUCGGCUACUCGUGCUCCCUGCUCACAGAUGACAUGCAGAUUCAUUAUGGAGAGGAUGUCAAUGUGAAGCUGAGCGCACGACAGAACACCAGGCGGAACGAGCCCAUAAGCAAUCGCCCCAGAAAGAAGAAGCCAGCAGAACCCUUCUUUAGCGAGCCGGGAAAGAAUGCUCUGAUCAUCACCGGUGGAUGGCUGAAUGAAAUUCUUUAUGAAAAAAAGAAGAAGCGUAGACGUCUGCGACUGCGUCGUCUGGGCAAACGGCCCCCUCCCUCCAGCCCACAGGACGGCCAGCCCCUGGACGAAUGGGAGAAGGAGCAGAGACAGAUCGACUUUGUAGACAUGGCGUGCGAGUGUGAGGCUGUCAUCUGCUGCCGUGUCACUCCAAAACAAAAGGCCAACGUGGUCAGUCUGGUGAAGAAGUACAAGAAAGCGGUGACCCUGUCCAUCGGAGACGGAGCCAACGACGUCAACAUGAUCAAAACGGCAGACAUCGGCGUUGGCAUCAGUGGGCAGGAAGGCAUGCAGGCGGUCAUGUCCAGCGACUACGCCUUCGCCCAGUUCCGCUACUUGCAGCGUCUCCUCUUGGUGCACGGCCGCUGGUCCUACAUCCGCAUGUGCAAGUUCCUGCGCUUCUUCUUCUUCAAGAACUUUGCCUUCACCCUGGUCCACUUCUGGUACUCUUUCUUCAGUGGCUACUCCUCACAGGUGGCUUAUGAGGACUGGUUUAUCACUCUGUACAACCUGUGCUACAGCAGCUUACCUGUUCUCCUGGUGGGCCUUUUGGACCAGGACGUGAAUGAUAAGUUGAGUCUGCGCUUUCCCAAACUCUAUCUGCCGGGCCAGCAGGGAUCGCUCUUCAACUACAAGAACUUCUUCAUCAGCCUGUUUCACGGCAUCUUUGUGUCCCUGAUCAUCUUCUUCAUUCCUUACGGGUCCUUCCUGCAGACCAUGGGCCAGGACGGAGAGGCACCCUCCGACUACCAGUCCUUUGCUGUGGUCACCGCCUCCUCCCUCAUCUUCAUCGUCAACUUGCAGAUCUCUCUAGACACUUCCUACUGGACCUUUGUCAACUGCUUCGCUGUGUUGGGAAGCAUCGCCAUCUACUUCGGCAUCAUGUUUGAUAUCCACAGUGCGGGCAUCCACGUCAUCUUUCCUGCGUACUUCACGUUCACCGGCGCUGCCUCUAACGCCCUGCGGCAGCCGUACCUGUGGCUGACCAUUGUGCUGACCGUGGGCAUGAGCCUGCUGCCAGUCAUCUGCAUCCAGUUCCUCUACAAGACCAUCUGGCCCUCUGUCGGCGACAAGGUGCAAAGGAACAAGAAGAAGUACGAACAGGAGCUGGAGCGUGAGGAAAGGGAGAGGGCCCCUGCCUUCCAGAGGGGCCGGCGCUCCCGCAGAUCUGCCUACGCCUUCUCCCACUCCCGUGGCUAUGCUGACCUCAUCUCCUCCGGUCGCAGCAUCCGCCGGAGGGCCACAGGGAGAGCCAGCACCCUGCAGCACAGCAUCCAAGAGGUGCCCCAAGCAGAGAACAUCUGA